GUUAUUUAAACAAUGAUACACUAAUUGCAUUAAUGUGGCAACACGAAUGUCCAAUAAAGAUGUCUUCCCCCUGAUUUUCUAGAAAAUUGCACCUGGUUAUAAAAGCUGCCAUAUGGCGAAAGCCAACUUGUCCGAAUGGAGCGAACUGGUCCUCAACAUGGUCGACAACGGUGUCAUCAAGACCGAGAAGGUGAAGAACACCAUGUUGAACGUGGAUAGACAAUAUUAUGUCCCAGGCCCCUUCGACCCUUACCUGGACACGGCGCUGCCCAUCGGCUUCGGAGCGACCAUCAACGCGCCGCACAUGCACGCCAUGGUGCUCGAGCUCUUGAAGGACCACCUCGCACCAGGAGCCAGUGCUCUCGACGUGGGUUCGGGGUCCGGGUACCUCACGGCCUGCAUGGCCUUGAUGGUGGGACCGACCGGGCUGGUCGUCGGCAUCGACCACAUCGCGCACCUGGUCCAGCUCGCGCAGAGGAAUAUCCUCAACGGCAACUCCUUCCUCCUCGGCUGGGACAGCAUCAUCUUCAGGACAGCAGACGGGCGUUUGGGAUACCCGGAGAACGCACCCUACGACGCCAUCCACGUCGGCGCGGCCACCCAAAACGUACCCUCGAUCUUGUUGGAACAGCUUGCUCCCGGAGGUCGCUUGGUGGUUCCCGUCGGUAACAGGAAGACUUAUCAAAUUCUGAUGCAAGUGGACAAAAGCCUCGACGGAAAGAUACAAAAGAAAAGGAUUUCAGCCGUGAGGUUCGUUCACCUGACGGACAUAACCUCGCAAGGCAAGCGUGCCAGCCAAAUUACUUUAAAUGAUGUUUGUGGUUAGUAAAAGUUUUUGUUUA